ACCAUUGAAUAGCUGCAUCCCAGGUUUGAUUCCCGUUUGGGGAACGGAGCUUUCAAUACCUGCAGGAGGACUUUUAUCUUCAUGGUGCGAUUUAGUGUUCAGCUGUGCUCUUGUGUUCAGGAGUGUUUCACGGAAGUUUGUUCAAACAUUAACCACAAAGUACCUGGUGGUGAACAAGAAACAUGAGAUUCACCAGUGUCACACACCACGAAACAUGAGAAUGUGACACAGACACGCAUACAAACACACUCUCUGGACUCAUGGCAGACGCUCCACGAUCUUCUCGAGCCAUCAACUCUGUUCAUCAGGAUGAAAUCUGGAAGGCACAUGUGGGGCUUGAGAAGAAUUCGGCAGAUGUUUGGCCAAACAAGUGGGGGUUCCUGACCGAAGUCUACAAGGAGUUUGAGAGAGACUGUGCAGAGCUGAAAAGAUCAAGUCCAGUGGGACUUCCUUGUUCUCCAGCAGCAACAGAGAAACCCUUCCAAGUCAUUGCCUCACCUGCUGUUCCUCUGACAUCUCAAGCUGUGAUUGGCUGGCGGUCGUCUCGCCUGGACAUGAAGCUGGAGAAGUUUGUAACGCUUCGUCACGGCCGACGUAGCUUCAAGCAAGAGCUUGGCUGGUCAUGUGUCUGAAAAUAGGACAGCAGCAUGUUGCCACGAAUUUGAACAUUAUUGAUUUGUACUUCUCAAAAUGAAAAAAACACAUUUGUUUUAGUAAUUAGCGUAAGGAAUGUAUUGAAAAAUAACACAUUUACAAAUUGUAUUAUUGUGCACUAUUUAUUUAAGUUCUCACUUUCAAUAUUGAAGCUUCACAAUGUAGCAUUCCAAAUGUUUCCAAACAUGUUUAAUGGGAUGCAACAAUGGUGACAACAAAAUGACAACAAAACAAAUGAGGCUGAAAUUAAAAUGAAUGUCUGUUACAAAUAUGACGAACAACACACAAGCAAAUUGAGGACAAAUCAAUUUUGAUUGUUUUAUUUUUCACUUUUAGAAGUAACUAAUAACUUAUAUUAAGUGAAAUGAAUCAGCUGGUUGUCAAUCAGAGAGGACAGUUAUCAACAACACAGAUCUAUAACAACCACAACAUGAUAAACAAUGAGGAAACAUACUGUUGAUGUCUUUGAAUGAAAAUCACUAGCAUCAAUACAGAGCUCAGUCAGCCAAAUAUAUGGCAUGUAUUGGGGGACUGGAGCUCUCCUGUGCUCGUGGCCUUGUAGACCAACAUGUCUGUCUGAGUGCAUUCCUCCAACUGGACAGUGGAUGAGAUUGCGGAGAUGUGGAUACGUCCUCUGCGGAGACUCUGUCAAACAUGAAUGAUCAGCGAAACCCCAUUCUUCCCCGGUUGAAGCCCCUGUGGUGUUAUAUUUAGCACGAGGCAGGCUUUCUGGGGAAAUGACAAAUUCACCCUUCAUCCAAAAUUGCAUACCUGUCCAUGCUGCGGCCCCUGUUUCAAUGGAGCACCUUGGUGAUUUUCAGCAGCACCUGUCACAACUAGGUCACCGAUCCAGAUUAAGGAUAUCACUGGUGGCUUCAUGCUAUACAUCUAUUUAAAUAGCAGUAUCCUGAAAGGACUGCACGACUCCCUUUGCAGAUCUUACAAGUCGCCCUGAGUCAACACUCACUGGUUAUGUUCAGCUCACUGGUCAGGUCAGCUUAUUAUUAUUAACACAGGCUCUCCUGGCGCUCCCACUCCAACUUAGACUGGUUCAUGGUCUUCAAAUCCAGUUCUCUAUUCAAUUUGUCCAUUUCAAGGCAUGCAAAAGCAGCCGAGAUAAUAAGCCUGGUUCCAAAGAUGUUGUACUUGGGCUUGGAAAUAGCUUCCACUAGCAUGUGUGCUAACAUCCUGCAAUCGAAAAUCAGAGUCUUCCUUGGGUUAAAACUCGCUGUUGCGUUUAUUCAGGACUUCAAGAACCUCAGUGCAUUCUACGGAACCCGCGUUCAUCAGUGUAUGCUGAACUAAAGUCCGAGGACGCUAAAAUGAUGUGAUCUUUAAUUAUUUGACAAAAUAACAGGCUUAAUUAAAUUGUAUCUGUUUUAUUUUAUUUAUGUAUGUUCUGUGUUUGAAUCUGCUUCUCGUGUUGUGUCUCAGCUGCAAAACGGUUCUUGACUUGGUCAUUUAAAAGGAGCUUGCAAGCUGAAAAAGUGGGGACCCCUGCCUCUGAUGUUUUUGGGUUCUUAAUUUUAACAUUUUUAAUACAGGCAUCACAAGAGCAAUAUUUAAUGUGUUAAUCUUAUGAUAGCAAAAGUUAUCUGGCCAGAAAUCGGUUUAUAUCAGUAUCAGAAUUUCAAGUGUUUAGAAAAUACAGGCAUAAUGGAUAUCGGCAAAAUGCCAAAAUCAGACAUCCCGACUUUUAAAAGUUGUGUUUAUCUUUUAAACAUUCCAAAAAGCUGUGCACAAGACGUGCUGAAUACAUGUGCUUGAAAAAUGAAAAACCAAAACAGCAUUACAAGCCAAAAUAUGCAGCAGUACACCUGCCCAAAACGUGAGCCAAACUCGUUCUUCACUUUUGAUACAUGCUGUGUGCGUGUAAAUGGCUUCCCCAGACGUUGCUUGCUUGCUCACGUUUGGCCAACAACGGUGUUACCGAACUUAUGUGCUGCUUUCGGAUGCCUUUCAGAUUUGAGUAGAACCGUAGAAACAGAUCCCGUAAAAUCACUUUUCACAGGUAAGGUGAAGGCAGUGGAUUAAGUUGAGGGAUCAAACU